UUUGAAAACUAACAGGCUAUUCAUUUACUUUGUUUAAACACUAGUGUGGACACCUUUUCAAAGUAGACACCUGUUGAGUUGAUCCCCACAGUCUUACUGCAGCAGGCUCUACCUAUGACGGGUUUAACAAAGGGUUAAGUAUGGGUGUUCCCAUUUCCAGUUUACUCCUCCCAGCUUCUAAUCUAUCUCACUCUCUCCCCUCUUCACUACCAAGGAGCUUUGGAGAGACUCGUAAGAACCAAGCUGUACACAAAACAUUUUAAUUGUCUCAAAAUUGAGGGGACUUGCAAAUGGAUUUAUUGGGUCAAUAAUCUUGUCUACUUGUCCAUCUUGACCACCAGGGUGACAUUUUUAAGAGGAUUCUUUUAGUCCAGCAAAAGUUGAUCUCUCCUGUCAUAGCCCCAACAACCAGAAUGGAGCUUCAGAAGAUGAAUGGACACAACAGGGAAGAUGGUUUUGAUGGGCUGGAUGCCUUGGCUGAACAUGAGGAGUUUCUCCCACAUAAAACUGGCGUCAAGAAAGAAAACCACUUCACAGAUUUCGAGGGAAAGACUUCAUUUGGCAUGUCCAUUUUUAACCUCAGUAACGCCAUAAUGGGCAGUGGAAUUCUGGGUUUGGCUUUCGCGAUGUCCAACACCGGAAUUGUUCUUUUUCUAAUCCUCUUGAUCUCCAUUGCAAUUCUGUCUGCAUAUUCAAUUCAUCUUCUACUGAAAAGCGCUGGGGUUGUUGGCAUCCGGGCUUAUGAGCAGCUCGGGAAUCGGGCUUUUGGUGCCCCGGGAAAAAUGCUGGCCGCAAUUAUCAUUACAAUACACAACAUUGGAGCAAUGUCUAGCUACCUCUUCAUCGUCAAGUCUGAACUCCCGUUGGUCAUUCAAUCUUUCCUGGGUAAAUAUGAAAACACAGGAGAGUGGUUCUUGAAUGGAAACUACUUGAUCAUGAUUGUUAGCGUUGUCAUCAUCCUUCCUCUAGCAAUGAUGAAACAACUCGGUUACUUGGGCUAUACAAGCGGGUUCUCCCUCUCUUGCAUGGUGUUUUUUCUCAUUUCGGUUAUCUACAAGAAAUUCAACAUCCCAUGUCCACUGGAUGAGGAAAAGCAUAACAUGACUCCUUUUGCCCAUUACAACACUGCCACUAAUGGGACAGACGACUUCUGUGAGGCUAAACUAUUUACCACAAACUCACAGACAGCGUACACUAUCCCAAUUCUGGCGUUUGCUUUCGUCUGCCACCCAGAGGUGCUACCAAUCUACACUGAGCUGCGAGAUGCCACCAAGAAACGCAUGCAGGCAGUUGCCAACAUCUCCAUCCUUGCAAUGUUUGUCAUGUACCUGAUAACGGCUCUUUUUGGUUACCUCACUUUUUAUGGUGCUGUGGAGUCAGAGCUGUUACACACCUACAGUCGAGUGGACACCCUGGAUGUCCUGGUUCUCUGUGUGCGUCUAGCUGUGCUGGUGGCCGUCACUCUCACCGUUCCUGUGGUUCUUUUCCCGAUCCGGAGGGCCUUGCUCCAGAUCUUGUUCCCAGCCAAGCCUUUCAACUGGUUGGUACACAUCGUCAUUGCAUUUUGUCUAAUUUUUGUGGUCAACCUCCUGGUUAUCUUCGUGCCCUCAAUCCGCGACAUCUUUGGCCUCAUCGGAGCCACAUCUGCCCCCAGCCUUAUCUUCAUCCUACCUGGAACCUUCUACGUCCGUAUCAUUCCUGAAGACCAGGAGCCUUUUCUGUCCAGACCCAAGAUUCAGGCUGCAUGCUUUGCUGCACUGGGAUUCAUCUUCAUGAUCAUGAGUUUGUCGUUUAUCAUCAUUGACUGGGUGACUGGCGAGUCUCGAAGUGGAGGCGGGCACUAGCAGCUGUGACUGAACAGACCAACUACCAACAGAAGGUCAACCAAAGCUCCCUGUCAUUAAAUUAUCCCAUAAUCUGCGCAGUACUCAUCUAAAGACUAACAGGAAAGGUUGGCUGCACAAGAAGAAGGAUAAGUGAAGAACCUUUGCCUACAACAAAAA